GUUAUUUUCUGUGACUGAGACGAAAGGCGCAGUGUAAUUUUAUAAUGGGGAGCUAAAUAAUCCAGAGAAAAUGUGCUAAGAUCUCCAAUAGACAGGUGUCCGUAGGGGCAUAUUUGCCCGUUAAAAUUGAAAAAAAGCUGUUAAGUUCGAGAAGAACCGCGUGUAAAAGGAGAGGGACCGUCAAAAACAAGGUCAAAAAAGAAAAAGGGAAUAAAGAAAAAAGUCACUAGGUCAGGGAAAGUAAGAGAAAAAAAUUAAGCGGUCGACUAUGUCGAAUUCCCUUUCACCCGAACUGGAAGACUUCGAGUUUGUUUAUCCAGAUGAAUGCAAUGCUGGAGUCGAGGACGACUGGUAUCUGGUCGACAUAAGUUCCGAAGAAUUUCCAGGCCAUGGAACCCCUCCCCCAAGCCCCAAUGAUUCCAGUAAGAUCACAGAAGAGGAUGAACUCAUCCUAAGUUAUGUCUCUGUUCUUCGAGAGGGUGACGGAGAGGAAAUUCUAACUGAAUGGAGUUCUCCUGCCAUCUUUAGACAGGCUAAGGAUGACCCUUUGAAUCCUACAGCGGAAGUUGUAGGAUUAACAAAGGAUUCUUCCGAUACUCAGGAUGACCCUUUGAAUCCUACAGCGGAAGUUGUAGGAUUAACAAAGGACAAUCCCUUUGAGUUUGUCCAGGAUGAAGCUUUCCUCUUUGAGCUCAGUGACUGUGUCGAUUGGGAUGAACGAAGCUUUCGUGAAGAGACGCCUGAUGACAUCUCCCUAGAGAGUCAUAACCUUAAGGAUAUAUAUGUGAUGAACUGGUACCAGGCCAGCAGAAAGUGUGACGUCUUUGGAUGCAGGUCCAGGAAAAGGCGCCGUAAGAAUAAGUACCGGUUUUGGCGUUAGCCAUUCGUUCAGAAACAGCUUCGUCCUCAGUAAUAAAAAGGAUACCACGGGUCACCCCAAAAUUCAGCCGAGGACUGGGGACGACUUCGAAAGGGAAGAUGCUCUCUUAACAAACAUCCCAGACAGACUCUCACAGCAUCGAGAAUUACUUUCCAUUCACAAAGGCCCAUUCACAAAGACGACAUUGUAACUGCCAAAAUACAAAACCAUUUCAUUCAUGAUUACUGUCGACGAGGAGAAAGGCCUCAAGAACAUAAUUUAUUUAUGAUAAAUAUUCAAUACUGCUUGGAAGAAGUUCCUGAAAAAAAAUUAUCGAACAACUGCCUUCAUACAAAUAGAGUUACCUCUCCAUCGUCAUGAUUUGAAUUUAGCAAAUUCAUUGAUUUCCUUCAUUCAAUAGAUAAUUAAUAAAAAGCUAAUUGAGAAUGAAAAUUAUUAUAAUUUUUUCAAUUGCAUACUCAACAAAAACCAGUUAUGAUAAAUAAAUUCUAAGACGGCUACCGAAGUAGUAGAUGUCAGGAACUGACUUACAAGCAACUUUUGUAUAAGCAGUUGAGGUACAAUGUUGGAUCAAAAAUAAAUAGUUAAAUAAACACCUUU